GCCAUCGAGCAGCCCGGCGCGCCGCCGCUCGUUGGAUUGGCUCGAGCCUCUCCCGCCAGGCCUGCCCCGGCUCCCGCGCGCCACUGGGCCCGCCCCCCGCCGCCAUCUUGGUCGUGGAGGAGCGGGCGGCACGCGGUGGCCGACAUGACGGCCGCAGGUCGCAGCCCCCUGGAGCCGCUCCUGGAGACUUGGGAAGACCCCUCGGCGUCUCCCGGAGAGCAGACGGACGCCUACCUAACUCUGACCAGUCGUAUGACUGGAGAAGAAGGAAAAGAAGUCAUUACAGAAAUUGAGAAGAACCUUCCUCGGCUUUAUACAGUAUUAAAGGCUCACAUUUCCAGUCAGAACUCUGAACUGAGUAGUGCUGCUCUACAGGCCUUGGGAUUUUGCUUAUAUAAUCCCAAAAUUACCUCAGGAUUAUCAGAGGCAAAUAUUCAAGAACUGCUUUUAACCUUGAAUGAUAUCAUUAAGAGUUCAGACAAAAAUGUGUGUACUAGGGCACUGUGGGUAAUAUCCAAACAGACAUUUCCCAGUGAACUUGUUAGCAAAAUGGUAUCCAGUAUUAUUGAUUCAUUGGAAGUGCUACUUAGUAAAGGAGAGGUACAUUCUGCUGUUGUUGAUUUUGAAGCAUUAAAUGUUAUUAUAAGGCUAAUUGAACAAGCCCCACUUAAAAUGGGAGAAGAAUCUGUGAGGUGGGCCAAAUUGGUCAUACCAUUAGUAGUUCACUCAGCACAAAAGGUACAUUUGCGGGGAGCCACCGCUCUGGAGAUGGGGAUGCCAUUGCUGCUUCAGAAACAACAAGAAAUAGCCUUGAUUACAGAGCACCUUAUGACUACUAAAUUAAUCUCAGAACUUCAAAAGCUAUUUAUGAGUAAAAACGAGACUUAUGUGUUAAAACUAUGGCCUUUGUUUGUCAAACUUCUUGGAAAGACCUUACACCGAAGUGGGAGUUUCAUCAAUUCUUUGUUACAAUUGGAAGAACUGGGCUUCCGUAGUGGAAUACCUAUGAUUAAAAAGAUAGCUUUCAUUGCUUGGAAAAGCUUAAUAGAUAAUUUUGCCUUAAACCCAGAUAUACUUUGUAGUGCAAAAAGACUCAAGUUAUUAAUGCAGCCUUUGAGUUCCAUCCAUGUGAGAACAGAGACAUUAGCAUUAACAAAAUUAGAAGUCUGGUGGUAUUUACUGAUGAGACUUGGACCUCAGCUCCCUGGCAAUUUUGAGCAGGUUUGUGUGCCUCUGAUUCAGAGUACAAUAAGUGUUGAUAGUAUUGCUUCCCAGCAAUGCAAUUCAUCUAGAGGGUCUACUUCUCCUGGCUUAAGUCCACUGACUCCUGGACAUAAAGGUGCUUCUCCUUAUGGAGUCCCCACAACUCCACGCAUGAACACGAGUUCAAAUAUAGGUGGAAUGGCUUCAAUCCCUUCCAUUCAGCUUUUGGGACUGGAAAUGAUGCUUCAUUUUUUGUUGGGUCCAGAAGUCUUGAAUUUUGCUAAGCAACACAAGCUUGUACUGAGCCUAGAGCCACUGGAACACCCCCUAAUCAGCAGCCCUUCUUUUUUUUCCAAGCAUGCACAUACACUUAUCACUGCUGUUCAUGAUAGCUUUGUUGCAGUUGGCAGAGAUGCUUCUGAUGCUGUAGUCAGUGCUAUCUGGAAAGAGCUAAUUAGCUUGGUGAAGUCAGUUACUGAAUCAGGAAACAGAAAAGAAAGAUCAGGCUCUGAAGUUUUGACCCUCCUACUAAAAUCUUUGGAAAACAUAGUGAAGUCAGAAGUAUUUCCUGUAUCAAAAACACUGGUCCUCAUGGAAAUUACAGUUAAAGGACUUCCUCAGAAAGUAUUAGGUUCACCAGCAUAUCAGGUUGCUAAUAUGGAUAUUCUUAAUGGAACUCCAGCUUUAUUCUUAAUUCAGUUAAUUUUCAACAACAAUCUUGUAGAAUGUGGUGUAGCAGAUGAAAAGUUUUUUCUCAAUCUAGAAACACUUGUAGGUUGUGUACUUUCUGGUCCAACUUCACCAUUGGCUUUUAGUGAUUCUGUACUAAGUGUGAUUAAUCAGAAUGCAAAGCAGUUGGCAAACAAGGAACAUCUCUGGAGAAUGUGGAGUAUUAUAGUCACUCCCCUGACUGAUGUGAUCCAUCAGACCAAUGAAGUGAAUCAAGGUGAUGCCUUAGAACAUAAUUUUAGUGCCAUCUAUGGUGCAUUGACUUUACCAAUAAAUCAUAUUUUUUCAGCUCAGUCAUUUCCCAUGGCUACUAUGAAGACUUUACUUAAAACUUGGUCAGAAUUGUAUAGGGCGUUUGCACGCUGUGCUGCUUUGGUGGCAACAGCAGAAGAGAAUUUGUGCUGUGAAGAACUUUCUUCUAAAAUAAUGUGCAGUUUGGAAGAUGAAGUCCUUUCAGAUUUGUUGUUCUUGGAUAGGAUCUCUCAAAUUAUUAUUGUCAUGGUUGAUUGUAUCGACUUUUCACCAUAUAAUAUUAAAUAUCAGCCCAAAAUCAAAUCACCACAGAGAUCUUCAGAUUGGUCCAGAAAGAAGAAGGAACCCCUUGGGAAAUUGGCUUCUUUAUUUAAGCUAAUUGUGAGAGUGAUCCAUUCUUUCCACACUAUGAGCUUCAAGGAAAAGUGUUCUGAUGCAUUGCUUACUAUUGGUAACUCCAUCAUCAGCAUGCUUUCCAAUAUAUUUGGACAUAUUUCCUUGCCUUCUAUGAUUCGAGAAAUAUUUGCAACUUUUACAAGACCUCUGGCUUUAUUGUAUGAAAACUCAAAGCUUGAUGAAGUUCCUAAAGUGUAUAGUAGUCUGAACAGCAAGUUAGAAAAGCUAUUAGGAGAAGUUGUUGCUUGUCUACAGUACAACUACUCUGGAGCUUAUGACAGCGAACUUCUUGGACAGCUUUCUCCACUUCUGUGCAUAGUGUUUCUUCACAAGAACAAACAGAUUCGGAAACAGAGUGCUUUGUUGUGGAAUGCUACAUUUGCUAAAGCGACAGCUCUCGUUUAUCCCGAGGAAUUAAAACCGAUAUUAAGACAAGCCAAACAAAAGACUUUGCUUCUCUUGCCUGGUUUGGAAAAUGUUGAAAUGAUGGAUGAAUGCAGUGUACCAUAUUCAGAUGCUGCAGAAAAUUCACAAUUAAAUGUCAAGAUAAGUGGCAUGGAAAGAAAAUCAAGUGGAAAAAGAGAUUCCUUUUUGGCUCAAACAAAGGAUAAAAAAGAAAAUGUGAAGCUGUCGGGCAAACUGAAACUAGAAUCAUCAUCUCCAAAACUAAAGAGCAGUAAACUUUUGGAAGAGGAAAAGUCUACGGACUUUGUGUUCAUACCUCCAGAAGGAAAAGAGGCAAAGGCAAGGGUUCUGACUGAGCACCAGAAAGAAGUUCUUAAGACAAAACGGUGUGAUAUUCCUGCCUUGUAUAAUAAUCUGGAUGCUUCACAAGACACUUUAUUUUCUGCUCAGUUUAGUCAAGAAGAAUCUAUGGAAAGCCCCACUUUAACUGAAAAAUCAAAAGAAGAUACCAGGAUAAUUAAGGAGGAGCAAAUGGAGAGUGCAGUUUUCACCCCUCAAGAUGCCAUGGAAAACUGUGAUGUGGAUGAACAUCCUGAAAAAAAAUCCUUACCAAAUGACUGUGGUUCUGUUGCUGAAACCAAUUCAGAAAUGCUGAGCUCUGAUGUUGAUGCUACAAAAAAUAUGUUAAUUUCGUCAAAGACAAAAGCUGAAUGUUCAUCUAGUACAGAAAGUCCACUGGUGCUCAACAGUAGUUCAGUUUCUAAUGCCACUGUUUCUGGAACUCCUCCACAGCCUACAAGUCGGAGGCAAACCUUUAUUACUUUGGAGAAAUUUGAUGGUUCAGAAAAUAGACCUUUUAGCCCAUCCCCUUUGAAUAACAUGUCCUCCACUGUUACAGUGAGAAAUAACCAGGAAAACACAACUAAAACUGAUAUACCACCAAAAGCAAGGAAAAGAGAAGUUACUCACUCAAAAUCUGAUUCAGAAAAAUUAGUUAAUGGAAGUAAGAAAUCAGGCCGGAGAUGGAGUAAAGCUGAGCAGUCAGCUAAUAAAAAGUCUAAGCCUUCCCUGAGAUCUGAACAGGAGGAACAUGUAUCAGAAAAUAAGUCUCCUGACUUGCUCAGUCAAAGAGAAUGUGAGUCAAAAAAUCACGAUCAUCCUUCUGAAGCCGUCCAAGAGCAUGAAGAUAGAACUCCUAAACCAGUAGUUGAAAAUUCUUUAUUGGAAGACUUAAAUACAGAAGAGAAAAACGUAGGCAUUAAUAUGGAAUCUAAAGAAAACACACCCCCAGUUGCAACACUAGCAGAUCAAAUAGUAAACGAAGAUAGUCAAGCUGCAGUAGCUGCAAAUCCAAAAACCCUCAGACGGUCUUCAAGGCGGCGUGCAGAAAUAGAGUCUUCAACUGACAGCCAAGAUAAGGAUAAUGGUCAACCAAAAAAGGAAAGACGGAAGGAAGAAGAAAAAACAGUUCCAAAGAGUCCAUUGCAUAUAAAAGACGACAAGUUGCCCAAGCAAAAACUACCUGCUGAGUUACCUGUACAGGAAAACUUAACUGAAAAAGGAAAUAGUUUACAUGAUGAGAAAACUAUAGAGGAACCCAAUGUUAAUGCUGAAAUUGGCCAAAAUAAAAGAAAAUCGGACCAUGAGGAUGUUAGUUCUGAGGGAGGUGGUACCCAGGACAAUGUAGAUAAGUCAUCUGAGAAGCCUUUGAGAGGACGUACACGUUACCAGACGAGAAGAGCAUCUCAGGGGUUGCUUUCAAAUGUUGAAAACUCAGAAUCUGAUAGUUCUGAGGCAAAGGAAGAAAUUUCUAGGAAGAAACGAUCUGGAAAAUGGAAAAAUAAAAGCAGUGAUAGUGUUGACAUUGGAGAGCAAGAAGAAAAAAUGGUCCAAGAGGAAUGUAUAAAAACUGCAAAUGAGACAUAUGAUGGCCAGACAGUUCCUGAAGUUGAUGUAGAUGCAGUGGCUCAGAUUUGUGAAGAAAGUACAAACAGGGUCAUCCUUCAGGAGGCCACUGGUUCUUCAGAUUCACUGCAAGUUACUGAUACACCAGUUACAGGUGAGGACAAAAGUAAGACUAGCAAAUGUGUAAAUAACUCAUUUGCAAGUCCACCUGUGCCUGAAUCAAAUCUCAGGACUAGGAAUGCCAGUAAGAGAUUACAUAAACGAGAUUCUGAUACUGUGGGUGAAUGCUCAAAAGUGGAGACAUCAGACAUUUCCGUGCCUUCUGAGAAAUGGGCCCAAGCAGUUGAAUGCCAACACAAGAGAAGCAGGAGAGUCAGGAGAUCUAAGAGCUGUGACUGCUGUGGGGAAAAAUCACUAUCCCAGGAAAAGUCAUUUAUUGGGUUAAAGAACACAGAGAAUUGUGCUGUGAAGAACAUGGAGACAAAGACAGAUUUGCAAGCACAUGAGACUACACAUGAAACUUGUGAUGCUAAUGAGCAUGACACUGAAACAAAGUUGGUAGAUGAACAACCUAGCAUGAAUUUUUAUUUGGGUCUUAAAGAAGAGAAUGCUACUACUGGUGACUUAAUUAUGUCUGAAACUGGAUUGGAAGAAGAUAGGAAAAACAUUCUCCCAUCUGAAAUAGUAGAUAAAGAUUUUAGUGAAACAGUAUCUGAAAUCCAAGAGACAUGUAAAGAGGCAUUUAAUGCUGAAGACCCAUGCUUAAGUGAUUCUAAGGACACUUCACAGAAAUAUUUUUCAAAUAACAAAGUAGAAAGUCCAGGCGCUGUUCUGAAAAGAGAAUUUGACAUCAAUGAUGUAGGGAAUGUAUGCAAAGUAAUAGCUGGAUCCAACUCAGAGGGGCUUGAAGCUAUGGAAUUAAAUGUAGGAGAUGACACGUUUGGAGCUUCCUUCUCUGAACAGAAGAGUGGCCAACUGGAUGUUUCUGUAGAUAUGGCAACGGAGGAAGAAAAUAAAGAUGAUUUUGAAGCAGUCACACCUGAAGUGAAUGCUGAAGGAACAGCCACUGAGGGCUUGAAUUCUGAUGUGGGUUUUUCUGAUAAAAUCUCACCUGUAAGCAAGAGUAUUCAGACUGAGCAUCCAGCAAGGGUGGAAUCCGAGGUAGAUAGCAUUGAAUCUGAUUCAAGCUCAUGUGAGGAAAUGAACAAAGAAACAGAAAGUUACAUAACAGCAGUAUCAGCUCAGUUGAAGGCUGAAAUUGACAACACUGGGGCAAACAAUAGGGACACGAUUGUUAGUACUUCUACAUCUGAAGAAGCACCAGUUGGAAGACCAGAUGUCAAAACUGAAAGCUUUGUUUGUGACACACCUGAAAAGAGUUCUGAAGAAGGAAGUGUUUAUCACAAAACUGAAAGAAACAUUGAGCUUGAUAAAUUGGACGAGACAGAAUUAAGUGGCAAUCCAACUGGAGUGGAUAAUGAUAAUCUGCAGGAAGUUUGUCUUACUUCAGAGAAAGUGGAGGAAUUACCACAGUCUCUGACAUCUGAAGUGACUUCUGAACUAGUAUCAGAAAACAAUAAUGCUUCUCCUGAAAAAUUGAGAGAAUUGGAUCCUUCCUUUGGAUCAGCAAAUGAAAGUCCUAGUGGUAUGCAGGCACGCUGUGUCUGGUCUCCUUUGGCUUCACCAUCCACAAGCAUUUUAAAGAGAGGACUUAAAAGAUCCCACGAAGAUGAGAUCUCAUCACCAGUUAACAAGGUUAGACGUGUCUCCUUUGCAGACCCAAUAUACCAAGCAGGAUUGGCAGAUGACAUUGAUAGGCGUUGCUCUGUUGUUAGGUCUCAUUCUUCAAAUAGCUCUCCCAUAAUAAAAAGUGUUAAAACUUCACCUACUUCACACACUAAGCAUAACACCACUUCAAUCAAAGGAUUUCUGUCCCCAGGAUCACAGAGCUCUAAAUUUAAGAGCUCAAAGAAGUGUUUAGUUACAGAAAUGGCUAAAGAAUCCAUGCUAUCCCCAACAACAGAGAGUGUUUACCCAGCUUUGGUGAACUGUGCAGCAUCUGUUGACAUUAUUUUACCUCAAAUUACAUCAAACAUGUGGGCAAGAGGUCUAGGACAACUUAUCAGAGCCAAGAAUAUAAAAACGAUUGGUGAUUUGAGUACUCUUACUGCAUCUGAAAUAAAAACUCUUCCCAUUCGCUCUCCAAAGGUGUUUAAUGUAAAAAAGGCUCUCAGGGUAUACCAUGAGCAACAGAUGAAAUCUCGUGGCCUUGAAGAUAUUCCAGUUUUUGAUAUUUCUGAGAAGGCAGUAAAUGGAGUAGAAAGCAAGCCCCUCUCAACUGAUGAAGAAAGGCUUGCCUCAGAUUUGAUUGAUCCUGUGACUUUAGACACCCCGUUGUCUAAAAAUCUUAUGGCACAAAUUAGUGCUCUUGCUCUUCAACUGGAUUCAGAAGAUCUCUACAGUUACUCUGGAAGCCAGCUUUUUGAAAUGCAUGAGAAACUUGGUACCAUGGCAAACUCUAUAAUAAGAAAUCUACAGUCACGUUGGAGAUCACCAGCCCAUGAAAAUUCUUAGUAUUUUAAGAGAAAUGUAAAGUUUUUUUCCACCAGCAGAUUUUAUUUUAUUAUUAUUAUUUUUUUGGCUUUUAGAAAUACCUGCAACAUUUUAAAGAGGAAACUUUGCAAAGUCGAUAAAAUAUCAAAUCCCGAAGGACAAUGAAUUAUUAGGGCAGUUUUAUAAGUUCGUUAGUAAAGAUAAUUCCCUACUGUAUUUUCUUGGCCAGUAUACAUAGUUUUUUAAGAAAUAUAAAUGUUACUGAAACUUGAAAGCAAACGAGAUAUACAUACUUUUUUUUUUCAAUACUUUAACUCAUGCAUAUUUUGGUGUAGUUCAUAAUACAAAUAUUUUAAGUAAGAUAGAAAAGUUUUAUUUACAAUAUAUUGAACUGAUAAAGGUGUCUAUACUUUUUCAAAAUAUUUAUAUGUGUUGUGCCAGGUGAAACACCUGUACUGAGAUGCAAAACAAUGAGAGCUUUUCCUUCAGAUAACACCUGUAGAAGGACCAAGUUUCAGCUUGCUGGGCGUAAAAUAACAAUGCUUUUAAGUUACUAACAUUCCAUUUAUUUGGCAUUGACAAAUAUUUGUGCAGCAGCAUAUUCCUGUGAAAAUGUGCUCUUAUGAGGUAUAGUGUUCACUUUUAAAUGCAUGACUGUUUGUACAUUGUGUAUAGAAGACUUUAAUUUAUAAAGUUCAACCUUCAUUGAUUGCAUGCAUUUCUGCAGCUUCUUGUGAAUACCAUUGUUUUGUUUAAUAGCAAUGUUUGUAUAUAUUUAAUAUCAAAAUAUCCAUAUGGAUAGUUAAAAGUGCUUCAUGGACUUACUGUGCAUAUUUGUAGGAGUCUUUAUCUACAAAUAAAGCAACAGAUAGUUUUGUAUUUAGCUAAAACAUGAGUAUAUUUUCUAAAGUGUCCAGAGUAAUUAAAAUUAUUGGAACCAGAAAAUACUACAUACCA